AUUAUUGCUCUAAACAAAAAAAGAGAUAUAAAUAUAAAGGAGAUAUAAAUGACAGUAUGUCAAUAAUUGAUGAUCAAGUAAAGCAGUUAUUACGUUCCGUAUUGGUAUCUGCACCAGGUGUUAAACAAUCAUCACUAGAACAUGAGUAUUAUAAAAUAACUAAUGAAGUUCUUCCAUGGCGAAAGUAUAAAUUUCCAAAUUUAUUUGAGUUUUUGAAAGCUCUUGAGGGUGAAAUAACAAGGAUUGAAUUUAGUGAAAAGUUUGCUGAUAAUAUCAUAUAUGCUGUUAUAGAUAGGACUAAAUAUAAUUCAAAACAUGCUCUUAAGUUUGCUUCAAAAUCUACUUCUAACAUUACCGGGAAAAGUCCUGAAGAGAUAAAAGUUUGGAAAUUAUCCAAAAUGAAGUUACCUGAAAGUUUAAUGCAUGUUGCAAAUCAAAAAAGUUUGUUAAAAGACAUUGUGUUUAAUAAUAGAGGUUUGCAGGUGUUAAAUAAAGCUUCGGAUCAAAAUGCCAUAUUAAAUCAAAAUAUUGUAAAUCAAAAUAAAAAGCAAGAUUUCAGUGAGUGGAUUUUAUUGGACCAACUAUGUCUUGAUCAGACUGGUUAUUUUUUGUUAAGUAUUAAAACUAAAUCAGGGAAGAGUUUUGUUGGAAGAGAAAAAGAACUGUUGCAAGCUUUUGAUUUACAUAAACCAAGUUCAGAAAUCCUUCAUCGUAAUGGGUCAGCAUUGAUAAAGUUCAAGUUUUAUUUGAAUGCAUAUUAUGCCUGGAAAAGAAAGCACUGCACACAGUUUUUUAAUGAGUUGAUUUUUGUUAGACCAUUUAAAGACCAUAGAUCAAAAAAUAUUUCAUAUAAGUUAAUGUUGUCUAAAUUACCAGAAGGAUUAAAAACGGAUACUUUAGUUCCGAUAGUGGCUGAGUAUGGCGAACUGGAUUCAAUCAGUUUUAAACCAGAUUGUAUAAUUGUUUCUUAUCAGUCAGAAAAUGCAUCUAACAAAGCUGAAAAAAAUUUAAAAUUACUUCCAGUUAAAGGUGUUCCGUUCUCAAUAGAGGUUAAAAAAAUUAUUGCUAAUGGUUUAGAGAAACCUACAUCCUCUGUUUUAGAAGACACACAAUGUGUAGAAUCAAAUUCUGCACCAAAAGAGGAAUCAAGUAAUGGAUUAAAAAAUAUAUCUCAUAAUGAUUUAAAAAGUGGAUCAAAUGAUUAUCCAAAAAGAGAAACUAAUGAAUUAAAAGAGAUUAUUUGCAAUGAAGAAAAUGCAUCAAAAAAAAAAGUCAAUUUAAAAUUUUUCUCCAAUCAAGUAUGUGGAUUUGAUCUAGAUUAUGAUGCAAUGCAAAAAAUGUUUCAAGAUACUUCUCAAACAUAUCCAAAAAUGUCAAAAGAUUUACCUGAUCUAAUAACAUUUACUAUUACACACCCUGUAGAUUCUUGUAGAUUCUGGAUAAUAUUGAUUGAUGAGCAUAAAACAUUUGAGAAGUUAACAGAAAUUGAGAGCAAACUAACUGAGCAUGUUUCUGUUGUUGAUAAAUGUAUUAACCUUCCUCAAGUUGGUGAUCGGGGAUGUGGGCUUUAUAAAGAGAAUAAUUCAUGGUACAGAUGUUGGAUACUGAACACAAACUUAGAACUGAUGGAAAUAAAAGUUUUUUGGUGUGAUUAUGGAAACACAAGUGUUAUUGCUUUGGAAGAUUUUAGGACAGCAUUUGAUGAUGCAUGGAUACUACCUCCUCUUGCCACUCCAUGCAAAUUUUAUGGUUAUGAUGUAGAUGAUAAUGUUAAAGAGCGUGGCACUCUGUUAUUGUCUGAUCUUAUGAUGGGAAUUGUAUAUAUGGCUAAAGUAAACAAAACAUCAUUAUAUUCACAGCCUCAUAUUGUGGAAAUAGAUAACAUAACAUCCAAUGGCUCAAGUUCAAACAUUGUUGAUAAUUUGUUGCAGGAAAAGUUUAUUAAAAAGAUUUUCAAUUCUGAUGUUGAAAAUAACAUUGAAGAUAAUAAAAAUUCACUAUUAAACCAAGACUUUGCAAAGCAAAGUGUUCUGCAAUCAAUGUAUGAAUACAACAAAGAUUACCUUGAAAUUGGAAUGAUAUCAGAGGUUAUAGAUCCUCUGCUCUUCUACAUUCAAUGCGAAAUAAAAGUUCUUUCAGAAAUUGAAGUGUUGUUGCAAAAUAUUCCACUUAAGCGUGCCAUUUCUUUUAAAAUUGGUGAUUUGUUAGUUUAUGCAAACAACACAACUCGUAGAAGAGUUUUGAUAGUGCAAAUAAACAAAAAGGUUGAGAUUUUUCAUGUUGACUAUGGAUUUAGGCAACAAGUUGAUGCAUCUUCUUUAUUUGAGAUCAAUCAAACAAUAUGUGAUAGACCUUAUCAUGCUAGGCCAGCAGCUUUAGCGCUUUGUGAAGGGUUGUUUUUCCAGGAUGCAGCAACUGAUUUUCUUAAAAGAUUAAAAGGCGUACCAAUAUACAUAAAUUUUCUUAAUGAAAGUUCAACCGGGGAGGUUUCUGUGGAAUUAUUUUCAACUGAUACUCGGAAAAGCUUCACUAUGGAAAUGUUGAAUGCGGGACUUAUUUAUAAUGAUCCUAGAAAAGGAGAUUUAGACGACUUGGAUGAACUAAAAUCGGAAAAGUUAAAUAAAACAGCCAUAUCUAAUGACAACGAUUCGAAUCACUCUUGUGAAAAUUUUUUUAAUAUUUCAACGAAUGACUCAAAAGAAAAAAAAACUGAGCAUAUCUCUGACAGGAUAAACGAAUGCCCUGACAUUUCAUUUAAACGCUGUGUCUCGCCAACAUAUCCACCACCAGAUAUUCUUUUAUCGAAUAAAGUUAAUAGUGAACGCUCUAUUAUAACAAUCCGCUCUAGUGAUGUUGCAUUAGGGUCGGAAAAAAAUAUUGACGUCAUCAAAAUAAACUGUAUUACUAACAAGCUUGAUGAAAGUGACGUGUUUUCAAUGUUAGAGAAGUAUGAACAAGAAAAACAAGCAUACAAAGAAAUGUUAAAAUCGUUAGAAAUUUUAAUGACCACGUCCGACACAUGUAUUUAUGAAUUUUACAAGAACAAAAAAAAAACCAAGCUUCAGCAAAUGGCCAGAAUCAAGAAGUUGAAUGAACGUUUAAAAGAAAUUGAUUUACAAUACAAAAAUGUUACUCAAGAAACUCACGAGUUGCUAUGCCGAGUUUGAUCUCAAAAGUUAGGAUUCAGUUAUGUCCGUGAAACUUGAAGUAAAAACUAUCUACUAAUAUCUACUAUUUAACCCUUUAUUCCAUUCAUUCAUUAAAAUCAUUCUAAUUUUCUUGAAAAUUUAAUUUAGUUUUUUAAUAAUUUUUUAAUAAAUGAUGCUAAAAGAGAUUAAUCAAUUAUAAAACUUUUGUUACUGGUGUACAUUUUGUUAAUCUUUUUCGCGUACGUUUUAUGUUGUUGUUCUCGGCGUAUAUUUUAUGUUGUUGUUCUUGGCGUAUGAUUUUGUUUUUGGUACACAUUUUAUGUUGUUGUUCCUGGCGUUAUUUUAUUAUUGUAUAUUACUUUUUAUUAUUUUUAUUAUCGAUUUUAUUAUUGCAUUUAAUUAUUACAUGAUAUUUAUCCUAAUAUGCGUUUUACAUGGUAUUUAUCUUAGUUUGCGUUUUGUGUUGUGUAUAUUUUGCGUCUUAACAAGUUUAAUGGUGAACAUAAUAAACUAUGCAUGCAAAUGGUUGAUAUCAAGAAUAUUAAAAAAUUCGAAAAUAAAUAAUUUUUGAAAUUUUAGUCAAAUUUUGUAUUAAAAAUAUCAGUUUUGAUUUUAA